UGAUUUCUAAUGGCAAUGUCCUUCAUUAAAGUGCGUUUGUGUAGUGUUUGUAUGUAUUAGAAUUGUUUUUAUUAUCCUACGAUUUUAAUGAAUAAUCUAUGAUAUAAUGCCGGUUCACUUAUAUAAAUCCUUGGUUAUUCCAUUUUGUUACCAAGCUUUUAAGACAAAAGUAAAAUGUUUGUUUAUGGUCAUAGUAGUGGGCCUGUUUAAAGAUUUUCAUCUUGAUAAUUUUUAAUCCUAUUUGAAGAAAAUGAGUGAUAAAAUGUCCAAAGCUACUGGGACCUCUGUUCCUAAUAAAAUGAGACUUUAUGCUACAUGGGUUGACAGAACUCCUGCAAAUUGUAUUCCCAGGCUUUGUUCCCUCACUUUAACAAGAAUAAUAAUUUUAAAACCACUCGGAUCUGAUUUGGCUGCUGUUUCAAUUGCUGUAAAGAUGCAGUCAACAAAAAGAAUACUUCGAUCCAAUGAAUUAGUAUUAACUCAAAGUGGAGUUCUAGAUGCACCACUAGAUGUGACAUUUUGUCUUCAAUAUCCUCAUUUUUUGAAAAGAGAGGGCAAUAAAUUACAUAUCUUGUUACAACGACGAAAGAGGUAUAAAAAUAGAACAAUGUUGGGGUUUAAGACUCUGGCAGAAGGUAUUAUUAGAAUGGAUCAAGUCCUUCAAAAGCAAAUGGACUUCGAACUUGAACUUUUACCAGAAAACAAUAAUAAGGAUAAGAACGUUUCACCUGUCGCUAGACUUUCAGUAUUACAGCUUAGCUCUACUCCAGUUGAUCAUGAACAUAAGAUUCGUGAACACGAUUUCAGCGAAGAUGAGGAUGAGAUAAGUUCAGGCGAAGAAGAAGGAGUCGACCUUUCCGAUAGUGAACCUAUUAGAAAGCUUCCACAUACUCGGCAUAACCUGAAACAAAGAUUUGUAUCGUUGCUCAGAAGAUUCAGGGUACCUGAUAAUGAAGGGGGAAGAGUACGAGAUUGCUUAGACAAUCCAAGUGAUAUUCAAGCUUUAUUUCAAGAGUUGGAAUCGCUUAGUUGUGACGACGAUUCUGGAGAACCUGAUACUAUAUCUAUAACGAGUACUCCCAAACCGAGUUUACGUCCAUUUUUUAGUAGUAGUCGAAGUCUUCUGGAUAAUAAUUCUUUGCAUCUUGCGGAAUCUGAAAAGGCUGAAGACAAUUCUUUCUCAGCUCUUACAAGAAAACAGAUAUUCGGGUAAUUCAAGAAAUAAAACCUUAGUGAUACCUCCAGGAUAAUACAAAAGGAGUACCAAACAAAAUUAGCCCUCCAAUUUUUCCACAGAAUUUUUUAAAGUUACGAGAAAAUAUAACGCUUCCAUUCACCCCCGUAUAAUGCCAUAUACCAAUACAUAUACCUACAAACUGAUGCAAGAAUCUUGAAAAUCGGAGUACAAAAAUAAGAAAGUUAUAGAUUGUCAAACUUAUUCAAAAAUUUUGGUUCGCGGAAUUUUGUGCCGGUGAGUGUAACUCUAUAAUUCUUUAGGUCACAUUUUCCCCCUUUUUUGUGUAAGAGUGUUACUAGAGUCUCAUUCCAGUCUUUAGGGAUUUUGCUAUUGUGGAGACAUCUUUUAAAUAGCUCUGUUAGUUUAGGAAUUGUUACUGUCCUGCUUAUUUUCCAGAGCAAUACCGUCCUGCCCUGGAGAAUUAUUAUUCUUUAGCUCGUUGAAAGCUCUUUCUAUUUCGAAUUCAUCUAUAUUUGGUAAUGCCUUUGAUCCCACGUUAUUUAUUUUUCUUUUUCUCUCUCUUUUUUUUCUUUUUCUUCUCGAUCUCAGAUUUUAAACGUACAUUAUAUUAGUCGCCACUUUCAUGAGUCUGUAAAUUAAACCUACUGCCAGGUGUCAGUUUUUGUUUCACGGCAAUUUUCCAUGCCACCCUCUGGAAAUCGGUGGCCCCAAUAUCAAGAGAGCAUACCUCAUAUGAGGAAAACUCUGUACACUCUGUAUAAAUUUUCCUUUUGAUAAUGGUUAGUGGUUUUCCACUUUCCAGACUUUUGGUACACUCUGUAUAAAUUCAAAUAAUAUCGUAAGAAGACUAUGAAAUCUCUUCACAUAAUCAAGCUAUAAUAGUAAUUAUUUUCUUUGGCUUAAAACGGCUUCAUGAACCAUUUUAAUACCUAUAAUGAAUGACAUGUAGUAAAAUUCGUGUAUUAUCAUUUGAUCCAAUUUUUUAUAGAGAACAUGCAGUACAACAUAACAUUUUUAGCUCGGGGAAAUAAGAUUUUUCUCAGGACUGUGACAAAUCCAAAUAUAGGAUUUUUUAGUUAUUAUAGGCUUCUAUAAAGAAAACAUAUACAGUAGGUAGAGCGUCGAUAAUCCAAACCCUGCUAAUCCGAACGCAAAAAAAAUUAUAAAAAUAUGAUCGCGGACCGAAUUUUUGGAUUUAAUAUGACAAUAUGGGCAAAAUACGACCGCGGAUUUUUGCAGGUGUUUUAUUCCUUGUAACUAAAACGUAUGUACAUAUAUGUACUAUGUUUAUGAGCUUUGUAUGUAUUUUGAACAUAUGUUCGAUAAUCCGAACAAUUUGAUAAACCGAACUACCCCUGUACCAAUCAGUUCGAAUUAUCGACGCUCCACUGUACGUUUUAUACAGAGAUUUCGGCGUCUUUUGUAAAUUAUUAACAAUUUAGUGCAAAAAAUGCCAUUUUUUCGAUUUUUUUUUUCCAUUAAAAAGCUUAAGAGUAAACAGUAGCGAUCAAAAGGUAGCAACAAAAUAUAACUUCGGGAGAUAGUAUCAUAAUUUAUAUAAUUUAUAAUAAAUAGAUAUUUAUAAAAAUAAACCAAAAUGGGUGAAAAUUUUAUGUUAAGAUAGGUAUUUAGAAAGGUAUUUGCAUGAAAUAUCUAAUAAUAAAACAAUAAUAAAUAAUCAUUUUUUGUUGUGAAGCGAAACAAAUUUCGAUUUUCGCAUAAUUUUGACACGGUUUUUAAUGGACUUUUUCUUGGAAGGUUUUACUUUAUUUUUCGUUUGAUUUACUUUUUCCAUUUUGUUAAACUAUUGAUAAUAUUUUUAGAAUAAAAAUUCCUCCUAAAACUUUAUAUACUCUCAUUAGAAUUCGAAAUAUUUUUACGUAAAAUAUACUUACUUACCUACAUAUAACUAAAACUCACAAUUAACAACAAUAUAUUCUUUCAAAGAGGCCAACAAAGAGAUACAACAACAACAAAUAUAUAAUAAAUUAACUAUCAAUAAACACUACUUUCCUAUGAAACAACAAUAACGAAUUCUUAAAUUAACACACUACUGCACUGAACAGAUAUCGAUAAAGAUGACAGAACAGAUUAGAAAAAAUCUGACGCAGGUUUGUCAAAAUGACAGUGAUAAUUUCUCUAUGUUGCCUAAUUAGUUAUUUAGUUAUAAUAAUAAUAUUAUUAUAAUAUGUUCUAUUUCUUGUUAGAAAUAAAAAAUUUUAGUAGUUCCAAGAUUACACAAAAUCGAGGUAUGGGAUAAAAAGAAUGUGACCUUGUACGCACGUAAGAAUUUAUACUUCUAUUAUAUGAUUUCAGCGAAUUCAAUAAUUUUUAACGUUUAUUUUUAUUUUAUUAAAUAUUAAACUGAGUUUAAUAUACUUACCAUUUUCCAAAAAUCCAAAAAUUAAAAAAAGACAGCAAUUGUCCGCAUUUGAACCCGGGACCUCUCGAUUCGUAGUCGAAUGCUGUACCAACGAGGCUACGAAGGCAUUGUUUUGACGGUUUCUCGGACAUUAUGACAAACCACGGUAACAAAUUAACGAAAAUUGAAGUAUUAAAUAAAAAUGUUUUAAUAAUACGUAUUACCUUAAUCCCAAGGAAAAAAAAUCAAAAGACACAAAAAUUAUAAUAAAUAUAUUUACUAAAAACACUAAUAUAUUUUUUCCACACCUUUUUUGGACUGAUGCAUAUAACUUAAAAGAUUUAGCAAGGAACAACAUACUGUCUCUGUGCGCAUGCGCGCAGAAUAAUAAAAAUUCACUCCCUAUCGCGCCUAAAGAAGUAUAACUUCAAAAAGUUUAUUUGAAGAAAGUUUUUUUUUCCUCUUAAUAUCUCGACAAAAUAUUCAAAAUUAGAGCCGCAAUCUUGGAACGCGUUUGUUGCUACCUAUUGAUCGCUACUGUAGCCUCUUAAUAAUUGACGUAAAAUUACAAAAUUUUAGGUAUCUUUGAAAAUAUAAAAAAAAUUUAAAAUGACGAUUGUAAAAGUUGUAAAAUUCAAUUGUUAUUUCGAAAACUGUAAAAUAAAACAAAUUUUGGUGUUUUGAUUAACUUGUGUUGACCUUUAUAUGUUUGAGAGUGUUCCAAAUGCUUUCUGGGCUUUUCUAAGUCGAUGUUUAAUAUUUGCCUCGAUGCCACCAUGUACGCCAACUAUACUUCCCAGGUAGCAAAAUUCUUGUACCUGUUUUACUUCUUCUUAAUAGAUAUAUAAUUUUUCCUGUCGGAAUUGACCUAUUCUCAUUUCAACCGUCUUAUUGACAUUUAUAAUAAUUUUCUGCCGCCUCUAUCUGCAGUUUACGUAGCAUGUUCUUCAUAUCAUCUAUUGUAUAUGAUACCAGGCAUAUAUCGUCUGCAUAUUCCAUAUCGGCCAGUUUCUUACCAUCUAAGUAGUUCCUAAGGGUUCUAAGGGUUUCCGUUUUCCCUGUCUAUGGUUUUAUGGAAAAUGUAGUUGAGACAUACCGGGUGGUGAAUCGUAAAACGGGCCAUAGGAAUCUCAAUGUAAAAUUCUAAACUGUUGAAUUCCUGCUUCCCUAAUUAUUUUACAUCAAAAGUCAUGAGAGAAUAUUUGUAGACAUAAUGAGAGAAUUUGUAGUCAUAUUGAAAUCUGUAUUAAAAUCAAAAGUUAAAAUUGUUCUACGAUUUAAAUGCAUUCCAAAAUUUUGAAAAAUAUGAUACAUUUGCCACAAUAGGUAUGCGUGUAAAAGUAAAGCCACACGUUACUAUUUAACUGACAGUGCUCACACCAUUGACUGAAUAAAAAAUCUUUAUUAUUAAUACUUUCUCUGCAACUGAGGGUAUCUUAUCAACUGUAUUGUUUUUAAACAAUAAAUGAUAAAAUAAAAAUAUUGACAGUUCAAAAAUGUGAAAAUAAUAACUUCAUUGUGACACAUUAUUGCACUUUGUGUGGCCUAAUUUUGGGCUGAAAAACUGAAAAAUGUAUUACAUUUUUACAAAAUUUUGGAAUAUGUUCAAUUCGUAGAACAAUUUUAACAGUUGUUUUCAAUACAGAUUUUGAUCCUCUACAAAUAGUUUCUAAUGUCUUUUGAUGUAAAAUAAUUAGAGAAGCAGGAAUUCAACAGUUUAGAAUUUUACAUUGAGUUUCCUAUGGCUCGUUUUCCAAUUCACCACCCGGUAUAUUGAAUAGUAAUGGUGAGAGUAUACAGCCUUGCUUUACCACCCUUGUCUAUUUCUAUUUUGUCCGUCAUUUGACCCUUAUGUAAUACCUGGAAUGUUGUUCGGUUAUACAUCACUUGUAUUAUUCUAAUUAUCUUAGGUGGAAUUUUAGCUUGGCUUAAAAUGUUCCAAAGAGCUUUGUGUUUUAUGCUACCAAAAGCUUUGGCAAAAUCUACAAACGUCAUUAUCAGUGCUGCAUUAUUUUCUUUAAUUUCUUCUAUGAUGAUGCGUGUUGUAGCAAUCUGGUCAAUACAGGAUUGUUCCCGCUUGUUAUUUUAUUUAUGUAACAUAUUAGCGUUAUACCUCUCCAGUUUUCGCACAGCUGCGCGUCACCUUUUUUUGGGAGAUUUAUUAUGAUUCCAUUAUUCCAGUCUGUAGGUACAUGUUCUUCAUUCCAUAUCUCUGUCAGCAAUGGUACCAGUAACUCCACUGUUCCCUCAAUGUCAGAUUUCCACAAUUCGGAUGGGAUAUUGUCAAUUCCCGCUGCUUUGUUAUUCCUCAUGUGGCGGAUUGCUUCACGUAUUUCUUUCUUCGUUGGGCUCUCUGCAUUUAUUUUUAAAGUUUUCAAUUGGUCCUGCUGCAUGGUUUUCUUGCGCAAACAGUUCGUUUUCUUGCUCUGCUUGAGUUCGUUGUAAUACUCUUGCCAUCUAUGGGUCUGUUCUUCUGUUGUUGUUAGAAGUUGUCCUCUUUUGUCUUUUAGUGGUUUGUUAUUGUUUCUGUUCCUGUUUGCCAAACGCUUGGUGUUUCUAUACAGUGAGCACGUAAAGGUUGGAAUAAAUUCAUUUUCUCGAGAAUGGACAAAUUUGAAAAAAAAAUCCAAAAACAGGUCCAUUUUUAUUUUUAAAUUACGACUCUUUGGCAUAUAUGCCAUACUAGUGACGUCACCCAUCUGGGCGUGAUGACUUCAUCGAUGAUUUUUUUUAAAGAAUAGGGGUCGCGUUAUAGCUCAUUUGAAAGGUAAUUCAAUUUUCUAUUCAAUAAUAUAAACAUUGACAUAAUUAUUUGUACAGGGUGUCCAAAAAAUUUUUUUGAAUUAAAUUUAUUGACAAAAGAAAGAAUGUAUGUAAUUUAUUUAAUUCAAAAUACAUUUUACUGCUCUCAGAAAACGAAAAAAAUGUUUAUUUGAAAAAUAAUCAUUGCUUUUCGCUUAAAUUAAAGAGUUCAAACUGUCAAGAGGCAGGUGGAUGGCUGCUUUAAUAUUGAAUUUAAGCAAAAAACAAUAUUUAUUUAUCAAAUAAACAUUUUUUUCUGUUUUCUUAUAGCACUAAAAUGUAUUUUGAAUUAAAUAAAUUACACACAUCCCUCUUUUUAUGUCAAUAAAUUGAAUUCAAAAAAUUUUUUUUUGGACAGCCUGUAUAAAUAAUUAUGUUAAUGUUUAUAUUACUGAAUAUAGAAUUGAAUUGCCUUUCAAAUGAGCUACUACACGACCCCUGUUCUCGUUUAAAAAAAUAAUCGAUGACGUCAUCACGCCCAGAUGGGUGACGUCACUAGUAUGAUAUAUAUGCCAAAAAGUCGUAAAUUAAAAAUAAAAAUUGAUCUGUUUCGGGAUUUAUUUCCAAAAUUUUCCAUUCAUGAAAAAAUGAAUUUAUUCCAACCUUUACGUGCUCACUGUAUAAUUCUCUUUGGUUAUUUGUUGCUGCUGCUUCUUCUGCUGCUCGCGCAAUUCUCUCUGUCCAUUUUCUCUUGUCUCCUCUAGCACUCUUUUUUACCUGUUUAUUUGCAGCUUCAUAUUCUUGGGCUAUUUUAAUUUUGUCGUCACUUCUUUGUGCUCUAUUUAAUGUGGCUUUGAGAUCCUUCCUUUUUCUAAUAAGUUGCCACGUAUUUUCACUUAUCCACUCUUUCCGUUCUUCUUUUUGAUAUUCUAAGAUAACCUGCGCAUUUUGAUGUACGGUAAGUUUAAUCGUUUCCCAUUUCUUUUCUACACUUACCUGCAUGUUGUUUAUGGUUUCAGCAUUUUAACCUAUACAUACUAACUAAAAAAAAUAAGAUAUCUGGAUUUGUCAUAAUCCCGAAGAUGUCUUUUUUUUGCUUAUUUCCCUGGUGUAAUAUGGUAUUAAAUACAAGAGCAACGUUGUCAAGGGCUUAUCUUUUGUAUUUCAAGCAAUUUAAGACUGUUCUUCCCUUCCUUAAUAUUAAUAAUAAUAAUAAUAAUACUCAUUUUACGCCGAUAUUAUCUCCAAGAAGUUGUGGUUAGGAUGAUAUCGCUAGUGAUUUACCUAAUAAAAUUAUAUCUGCACUAGGAAUAUUUGUAUCAUGUUUAAGAAUGUUCCUUUAUGGUCCAUAUUACAUUUUUGUAUACAUAUUUGUAUGUUUAUAAAGAUUAAGGUAGCUAAUAAUAAAUAUAUUGUAACAAUU